AUGUCUGGAACGGAACCGCUAGCGGGGCGAAGGCGAAGCAAGAGGGACGAGGCGCGGGGUGAAUGGCGGCGGGUAGGCUUUGUUGCUCGUGCUGGCAUUCCUUGCCUGGGAACCGGGAACGGGCGUUUGAGCCCCGCGCGCCGCGCACCUGCCCUCCCCACCCCCCCGCUUGCAUUCUUGCCCUCUCUCACUUUCAUUGUUCCCUUCGGCGCGGGAGGUCGCCGCGCCGCGUACAAAUAA